GGCUAAAAAUGGACUCUCAAAGCUCCAAACCACCCCCACAUUCCAACCAUUACACUCUGCACUCUCCACUGUCUCUCAGACAUGUAAGAGAGAGAAAUUUUAGAGAGAGAAACACACCAUAAACGGACACGUGCGAAAUUCCGGUCUGAUAGGAGGGUUAGGGAGGUGCAUACUCUACUACACAGAAAAAAGAAAAGCUUGAUUAGCGAAGGGGUAAACAAGUAAAUUCACGCACAAACCCCGCCAAAAAAUGCACGGAGUUCGAGUUUACAACAACGCCUCCGGGAAGUUUCACGCCGGAAACCAGAUUUUCCCGAUGACUUCCGGCGAAAUUGAGGCAGCGUCACAGCGGCUUAUUGACUAUGUUCUUGCUGGAGAUUCGAAACUGGCCGGAGAUCUACUUUCUGAUCCCUCCGUCGACGUUGACUAUGUUGGUACGGUUAAUUUGAGGUCGCAGAAGACUGAGCUCGUUCCAAAUGGUGAGUCGGCUCACCGAGUUGUGUCUGAGUUUGAGGAGUUUCGAACUGAUGUUACUGCUUUGUUUCUUGCUGCUCACUCUGGGAAUCUGAUUCUCGUCAGAAAAUUACUGAGUUUUAAAGCUGAUGUAAACAUUAAGCUAUUCCGAGGAUAUGCAACGACAGCAGCAGUAAGAAGUGGCCACAUCGAAAUUCUAGAAGCUCUAUUAAAAGCAGGCGUGUCUCAGUCAGCGUGUGAGGAUGCAUUAUUGGAGGCGAGCUACGUGGGACGGCCUAGGCAUGCAGAGCUACUCAUGGGAUCCAACAUUAUCAGCUCACAAGUUGCUGUCCAUGCCCUUGUCACUGCUUGUUGCAGAGGCUUUCUUGAUGUUAUUCAGGUGUUGAUUAAGUGUGGGGUGGAUGCUAAUGCUAUGGAUCGCAUGUUACUCCUAUCAUCCAAGCCCUAUCUUCAGUUGAAUGCUGACUGCAACGCGAUUGUUGCAGCCAUAGUAAGCAGACAGUUUUCUGUUGUUGAAUUACUAUUAAGGGAGGGUGUCCGAGUAGACAUUAAAGUCAGGCUAGGUGCAUGGUCCUGGGACCCAGCAACAGGAGAGGAGUGCAGAGUAGGUGCUGGACUAGCCGAACCCUAUAACAUUGCUUGGUGUGCUGUUGAGUAUUUUGAAGAAACCGGUAGCAUCUUGCGUUUGCUCCUUCAACAUCUUUCCCCAAAUACCCCUCACCUCGGAAGAACACUUAUCCACCAUGCCAUCUUAUGCAACAAUGCACAGGCACUUGACGUGUUGCUGAGUUGUGGAGCAGAUGUAGAAUUCUCUGUAAAAACGAGUAAGAAAACUGAAACACGUCCUAUACAUAUGUGUGCACGCCUUGGGGAGUUGGAUACUCUUUCGCGUCUAAUAAAUGGUGGUUGCAAUAUCAACUCCAAAACCAGUGAAGGAGAAACUGCAGUUAUGAUAUGCACUAAAUACAAGCACACAGAGUGUCUGAAAUUACUCGCCUUGUCAGGUGCUGAUUUUGGUCUGGUGGAUGCAAAUGGUGAGUCUGCGAGCUCAAUAGCGGGGUCCACAAGGUGGACAUUAGGUUUUCAGCAGGUAAUCCUCGAUGUGAUUAGGUCCGGGAAAGUGGUCAAAUCUAGUAACUCUGCAGUAUUUUCUGCAGUCAUUUUUCUGGUUCGAUGCAAUGAGAUUCAAACAUUAAGAAUUCUUCUGAAACAAAAACCAGGAGUUGGUGUUGUUCUUGAUGAGAAAGAUGAGAAUGGGUUUACAGCAGCUAUGGUAGCUGCGGAAACUGGUCAAGUUGAGGCUUUCCGAUUACUUGUUUCCUGUGGUGCUGAUGUUUCAGCUUUAACUUUAUCAGAAGCAAGCAGUAACAGAGAAGUUUUUGAGAAGAUAAUGCUUGAUUUUGCCCUUAAAAGUGAAAGUAAUGUACCAACUAGUUCAUAUAGUUUGCAUGUUGCAGCAAAACAAGGGAAUUUGGGUUCGGUUCGAAGGCUAACUAGUAUGGGAUAUGAUGUCAAUGGUGUUGAUGGUGAUGGGUACACACCAUUGAUGUUAGCAGCUAAAGAAGGAUACGGAAGCACGUGUCAGUUUCUGAUCUCUCGUGGUGCGAAAUGUGAGACCGAGAAUGGUAGACAUGAGACCGCGCUUUCUCUGACAAGGAAGAACGGUGUUGGGAACGAAGCAGAGCACGUUAUACUCGAUGAGCUGGCACGUGUUCUGGUUUUAUGUGGUACGCGGGUGAAGAAGCACACUAAGGAAGGUAGAGGUGCACCGCACUGGAAGAAGUUGAAGAUGGUACGAGCAACUGGGGUGUUGUACUGGGGUAAGUCCGGGAAAAGGAACGUGACUUGCCGAGCAGCUGAAGUGGGUCCAAGUAUGACGUUUCUUGGAAACCGGCCAAAGAUAUGUAGCGACAAGCAGUCGGGGUUGUUCCACGUGGUGACGACUAAGAACCAAGAGGUGCACUUUGCCUGUGAUGGUGGAAUAGAGGUGGCUAAGUUGUGGGUUAGAGGGAUAAAACUCGUGACAAGGGAAGCUAUUUUUGGGAAGACGACACUCCGAGCUAUAUUCAGCCAAGAGCUCACGAGUUAGGGGGUGUUUGUUUAGGAGAGGUUUGAGAGAAAAAAAGCUUUUUGGGGUGAAUUGGAGGUUUGAUCUUUAGAAAAAGCUAUAUUCAGCCAAGAACUUGAGAGUUAGUUUCUAAGAAAAACACCCUCACUUAUGUACUGUAUUACUAUUACUAGCUGUUUUAUAUCGUGCCUUGUAAAAAGAUGAUGAUCUUCAGCUGUUUAUCAUCAUCAGUAGUAGUACUAGUAGUAAGGUUCAGUUUUAGCGCGAAAAUGGUGGGAUUUAGUUUAGAGGAUUCACCUUAACACCCAUUUAAGAGGGUUUUGAGGAUUGAGAGUAAGAAUAUGUGUAAUUGGUGUCUCUGUUUAACAUAAAAGCAGAAAAAGAAUGAAAUAAGAAGCUGCACAUCUUAGCACUUCUAAUUUCGCCGAA